AUGCAGCCGCCGCCGCGCGUCGCGCUUGAGCUAUCAGGGCUCUUUGCCGUUUACUUCGGCUUCUGGCUGGCCAUCACCUUUCUCUUUCAAUGCCAGCACAACCCAAUCCCGCCGAAUCAAGAGGCCAGCUGGAGGCAAAAGUAUGGUCUUCCUUGCGGGAUGUGGUGGCUUGAUAUUACAUCGCUUCUCCUUAGCUGUUGCGCUUGUAUCGCUCUGUGGCACCAUUGGUCCUUUUCGGAAGCGCGCCGCCAAGAACUCCUUGAUAUACUCGAAAUGCUGGCCAUUCGUGGCUGGAGUUUAAUAUGUAAAUGGCGGAUCCGCACAGCCGCGUUUAUUUGCGCCUUCUUCUUCACGCUCUAUCUCCAUCUCAGUGCCAUCUAU